GUGGGCCCGGGCCCCCCCCCCCACACCGACCGCCCCUCCGCCCCGGAUCAUGGACGACAGAGCGCUGGAGGUUUACGAUCUAAUUCGAACUAUCCGGGACCCAGAGAAACCCAACACUUUGGAAGAACUGGAAGUGGUAACGGAAAGCUGUGUGAAAGUCAAAGAGAUUGAUGAAGAUGACUAUUUGGUGAUUAUCAGGUUCACGCCCACAGUACCUCAUUGCUCUUUGGCAACCCUCAUUGGACUUUGCUUGCGAGUAAAACUUCAGAGGUGUUUACCUUUCAAACAUAAGUUGGAAAUCUACAUUUCUGAGGGAACACAUUCCACUGAGGAAGACAUCAACAAGCAAAUCAAUGACAAGGAGAGAGUAGCCGCCGCCAUGGAGAAUCCCAAUCUGCGGGAAAUCGUAGAACAGUGCGUCUUAGAACCCGAUUAACUGCUCGUGUCAGCUGCUGGACUGUAACCGUUUGAUACUUUUGUUUAAACUCUUUGUAAAAUGUAAAAGCCUCGUGUUUAAUACUUGGAUGAUUUGUACCUCAAAGCAUGUUUUUAAAAGAUCAUUUCUCAGACGAGAUGGAAUUAAAAGGCAGUACGUAUUAUUAUAAUAAUGUAUAUUAUAUACAUUCUCAGGAUUUGUAACAUUUGAUCAGAGGAAUAUUUUCUAGUUAUGACGAAUAAGCUGCAGUACUAUUUUUCUGAAGUCCUAAAUUAUGAGAUGACAGCAAUUCUCCAGGCCAGAUUUCCACUGUGCCCAAGGAUUUGGUUUCAAUCACCGCUCUGUAAAAUAUGAAUAAAAUAGAGAUGACGCUUGUAAUUAAAAUGACUUUUGAAUGUUUAAA